AUGGCAAACAAAGGGAAGAAUCUUCAAGGAAGAUCUUUUGGACGAAGGAAAUGCUACAAUUGUGAUAGCCCAAGACACUUUGUACAUGAUUGUCCGUAUGAGAGACGUGAAGACAAAUUCGAGAAGCUUGUGCUCAAGAAGAAGUUCACCAAGUUUGCAAAGAGGAAGGAUGACAAGGCUCUUGUUCAUGAAGAAUACAUGUCCGGAGAUGAAGAUGACGGUGAUGAUGAUCAAGUGGGCACGGCCGCCAUUGCCAUGCAUGCCACUACCUCCUCCUCCACUACCGGCCUCUUCGAGUCUCCAAACGAGGACAAGCCUUUCACUCAUCGGUGCCUCAUGGCCAAAGAGGUAAAAACAAAGUCCAAAUCUAAGAAACCCGACAUCUACACUCCCAAUGUAUCAUGUGAAUAG